AACAUUGACCUAUACCCCUCGUAUAUAUAUAGAAUCACUCCUUUAAUUUUUUGCUUACUUCUCUCCCUAGCUAUAUGUCUGUUUAUUUCACUCCACAAAACUCUAGAGCCGUUGGAAUAAUAAUGGCAAAAAAGCCCUAUAACUCAACACUUCAACACACACAAAGAUAGAUCUAUCUUUAAUUUGGUAGUUGAAAUUCUUGUGAAGUAGUUGAACUUAAGUGCAAAUAUUAUAGGUGAUGGCGAGAAAGAAGUUGAAGGUGCUUUCAGCUCUUGACACGGCAAAGACACAAUACUAUCACUUCAAGGCCAUUAUAGUUGCCGGGAUGGGUCUCUUCACCGAUGCCUAUGACCUCUUCUCCAUCACCCUUAUCACCAAGAUGAUCGGAAGGGUCUACUACGACGACCGUGCCGGAAACAGGCAAUAUGUAACCCCGCCGGUGAUUGUGUCUGCCUUGGUGGCCGUUGCCCUACUAGGAACGGCCAUCGGGCAAGUUGUGUUUGGUAGACUCGGCGACCUUAAAGGACGUCGCCGGGUCUACGGGCUUGCUUUGUUGCUAAUGGUGUUUGGCUCCUUGGGCAGUGGUUUCUCCAUUUGUAUCAAAAGAACAUGCGUUCUCCUCAGUCUAGGUCUCUUCAGGUUCUUGCUGGGGCUAGGGAUUGGAGGAGACUACCCUCUUUCAUCAACAAUCAUGUCUGAAUUUGCCAACAAAAAGACAAGAGGCUCUUUUAUAGCGGCGGUUUUUUCCAUGCAAGGUUUCGGCAUAUUAGCAAGCGCCACCGUCACCAUAGUGGUGUCUUCCAUAUUCCGCCACGCCCCCGGUGCUAAGGAAAAACAACACACGGCGGCAGCAGCCGACUUCGCAUGGAGGUUGAUCCUCAUGCUGGGGUCAGUCCCGGCGGCGUUGACUUACUACUGGCGAAUGAUGAUGCCCGAAACUGCCAGGUACACAGCAUUAGUGGAAAAUAAUGUGAUGCAAGCAGCAAAGGACAUGGAAAAAGUUAUGGAUAUCUCCAUCACCCAGAUUAUCGAAGAAACUUCACCAACUUCAUCAGUCUCAUCACAUUCUGACUACUCACUCUUUUCCAAGGAAUUCUUUCGUCGACAUGGCCGCGACCUCUUUGCGUGUUCCUUCAACUGGUUUCUAGUGGACAUUGUGUUCUACAGCAGCAACCUCUUCCAAUCUCAUAUAUACAGAAUCAAACUCAAAGACAAACUCCAUCUUGACGUGUAUCAAGAAGCCAUUGAUACCGCUAAGCUCCAAGCAAUCAUUGCUGUUUGUUCCACCAUCCCCGGCUACUUCUUCUCGGUGUAUUUCAUCGACCGUGUCGGAAGAGUUAAGAUCCAAAUGAUGGGUUUCUUUUUCAUGGCAUUGGCGUUUUUCGCUAUGGGAGUUCCUUAUUAUUCAUAUUGGACCACUGAUGAUGGAAACAAGCCUAGGGAUAACGGUUUCUUGGUCCUCUAUGGGGUCGCAUUCUUCUUCGCCAAUUUCGGACCCAACACGACGACUUUUAUCGUCCCGGCCGAGCUUUUUCCGGCUAGGUUUAGGUCGACGUGCCAUGGGAUUUCUGGAGCAGUUGGCAAGAUGGGUGCAAUCAUUGGAUCAGUAGGAUUUCUUUGGGCUUCUCGCGACCAGAAGGAGCGAGAUCAAGAUGGGGUUCAUGUGGUUGGAAUUGGAAUGGUGGCUUCUUUGUGCAUGCUUGGAGGGGUUUGCUUGGUGGGCGUGGUUACCACCUUUUUGUUUACCAAGGAAACCAUGGGAAGGUCCUUGGAAGAGAAUGAGUGCGAGUCUGAAGAGAUUACAUAAAGUUAACGGCUCAUUACUCAUUUCAAAAUAUCUAUACAUAAUUAAAAAUGUUAAAUAAUUUAAUAUAUUUUUACAUCUUAUUUAUUAUUGAA